UAUUAUGCACACGACCGAAUGAGCGGGCGGCUGGAAAUGACAUCAAAUACAUGUAUAUAUACAAUACUAGUAACAGUGUAGAGGCUAGUGUCGGUCUAUCAGUACUUUCUCUCGGUGACAGCUGUGAAACAAUACUACUUUCUCACUGAAGUCGUGUUUCGUGCGGUAUUAUCUAAUACCGACCCCAAACUACUGAUAUGGCAAGGUAACAAAGAUUGGAACUGUGUCCUCGGCUAGUACGGCCUAUCACCAAUCAGGAGCUAAGAAAGGUUUUCUGUGUAUAAACUUUCUUCCCCAUGACGUGAUCCUAAUUCUACAUUUUUCCCGUUACCUUUCUUUUUCGAUUUUCGAUUCUGUGUGGAUAGUCGUGUAUUAUGAGAGAAAGAAUUAUUCUUUCUUCUGUCUGUUUGUUUGUCCUUUACAUCUGUAAUGUCACUGCCGAUAAUCAUUAUCUGAAUGAAUGGGUUGUCGAAAUCCCAGGAGGUUAUGAAGAAGUUCAUCGCGUGGCCAGACACCAUGGAUACGAAAUACUGAAAGAGCUCAAACCUUUUAAUGACCAUUACCUCCUAACGCAUGCAGAAGUUCCUAGUCGUUCAAAACGCAGCGCUGAUCAUCAUACACUGCGACUCCAAACAGACGAGCGCGUACACUGGACUGAACAACAGGUUGCAAAAUCUCGAACCAAACGGGAUAUCGUUGAAGAAAGGACUAGAGAAGAGAGACAAUAUGUCAGCAUGGAGUUUAAUGACCCUCUAUGGGCGAAACAGUGGUACAUUAAAGAUAAAGCCCAUGAUCUUACUAAGCCAAAGUAUGAUCUCCACAUCAUUCCGGUCUGGAACCAAGGAUUCACAGGAAAGGGGGUUGUCAUCACAGUGCUGGACGAUGGUCUUGAACAUAAUCACACAGACCUAGCACAAAAUUAUGAUCCUCAGGCGAGUACGGAUUUGAAUGGUAAUGAUCGCGACCCCCAGCCGAGAUAUGACCCUACGAACGAAAACAAACAUGGCACCCGUUGUGCUGGCGAGAUCGCCAUGGUGGCAAACAAUAGUUUGUGUGGUGUUGGUGUUGCUUACAACGCAAGGAUAGGAGGAGUACGAAUGUUAGAUGGUAGAGUAACAGACAGUCUGGAGGGAGAAGCCAUAGCAUUCAACCACAAAUACAUUGACAUCUACAGUGCAUCAUGGGGACCAAAUGAUGACGGAGCUACAGUGGAAGGACCGGGCAGAAUGGCGCAGAAAGCAUUCGAACUUGGUAUCAAAGAGGGCCGUAAUGGAAAAGGUGUCAUCUAUGUUUGGGCUUCCGGAAAUGGCGGCCGUUUACAAGACAAUUGUGACUGUGACGGUUACACCGGAAGUAUAUACUCACUCUCUAUCAGCAGUGCUUCUCAGCACCAGAUGACCCCUUGGUACGCCGAAAAAUGUGCUUCAACCAUGGCAACGACAUACUCCAGUGGCGCUUACGGUGACGAGCGCGUGGCCAGUGCCGACCUCCAUGGCGGCUGUACAGUACAACAUACGGGCACUUCUGCUGCCGCUCCAUUGGCGGCUGGGAUCUUCGCCCUGGUCCUAGAAGCCAAUCCAAAUUUGACUUGGAGAGAUAUGCAGCAUUUGGUAGCAUGGACAUCUGAAUACUCGCCACUACGAAACAAUUCCGGAUGGAAGAGAAACGGAGCCGGAUACUGGGUGAAUAAUGCAUUUGGGUUCGGACUGUUGAACGCCGCUAGCUUGGUACAGGAGGGUAAUCCUCGCACCUGGAAAACAGUUCCGCCAAAAUAUAUCUGCACGGUACAUUCGGAUUCAACUUCAAAUUUACCGCAGAGACUUUCUAGUGGCCAUAAACUGGACAUCGACUUGACCAGCAGCGGUUGUAGUGGACAGGGCAAUGAGAUAAACUUCUUGGAACAUAUUCAGAUGCAGAUAACGAUGGACUAUUCCAAGAGAGGGGCUCUACAUAUAAGUCUUACUUCGCCAAGCGGUAUAAAAACGAUGUUGCUAUCCGAAAGGUCGAUGGAUGGGUCAUCUGCAGGGUUCCAGAACUGGACAUUUAUGUCCGUGCAGUCAUGGGGAGAGAAUCCUGCUGGACACUGGAAACUGACCAUUAAGGAUGAGAAGAGUGGUAGUAACUACGGGGAGGUCCAAGCUGUAAAACUAAUUCUUCACGGUACAAAAGAAAUGCCUGACCACAGGCAACGAGCUGGUGGACAGCGAAUAUAUGAUGUAGAUUUCCAAAGACCACACACGAUCACUACUUCCGGUCAUCACGUGAUGCCCGUGCUACGUAAACCACAGGUGAACACACAUAAGUCGUUCCUUCGACCAUACCAUUCAUCAUACAAGAGCUUUGGGACAUUCCAGGGGCAAUACCAGGACCUGUUGAAUAAAUUCCGUCUGCUUAGUUGGAAACUGGGACAAUAAACGUCAAUAAAAUAUUUUUCCAGU